AUGGCUGCAUUUAACAGACCAGCAGUUCAGGUGGCAUUUGUCAUGUGUGUGAUCAUCCUGUUAACAUCCUAUUUUAUGAUAUACCACAACUGUUCUGGAGAGUUUCCCACUACACAAAAACUGAGGUCGACGCCAUCCAAUCAUCCUGCCUCGCAUGCUCCGUGCACCUGUCCUUCUGGAUCAGUGCUCCUCAAAAAUCACCUCCCAAAAGAUCAGUACGAGGAGCUGGUGCAACGCCGAGCUAAGGAGCUCCGACAACACAAAGCCAGGACGACUUCUUUAUUAUCCGGCCUGCUGUUUGCUUUGCCAAAUUGUCCUCUGGCACACCCUGUCCAGGGUUUUACGGUGCGACCUUUGACCUCCACUUUGAUACCAGGUUUAGCGCUGCAUGCAGAACAAAGAAGUAGCUACAAGGUGUCCUUGAAUGUGUCCAAAGGCAUCCUGACCACAGAGACUUCACCUGAAGGGGUGACGAUCCAAGGUGAUGGUAAAAUGGGCUUAACCAUGGAAUCGAGCAGCCUGGUGAUCCUGAACAACCUGCUAGCUAAAGUGUCCUAUACCAGCACUGUGUACCACAUACACACUGGAGACCUCGCAACCUUCAAGUUUGAGAACUAUGAAGCUGUGUUUCCCAUUACCAUCAAACAGCCACACAUGCCAGUGCUGUACGACAUGGGAACAGAUAUCAGCUCUCACGUCACCAUCACUACGAAGACUUUCCUACGCUAUGCAAAACUCAAACUGUUGUUGAACAGCAUCCGCCGUUUCUAUAGCGACGUCGAAGUCAUCAUUGCUGAUGACAACUUUGAACCAGAGCCCAUCACUGGAGCCCACAUCCAGCACUACAUCAUGCCUCCAGCAAAGGGCUGGUUUGCUGGCAGGAAUUUGGCUGUCUCCCAGGUAACCACCAAGUACUUCCUGUGGGUGGACGACGACUUUGUGUUUACGGAGAAGACGAAGAUAGAGAAGCUGGUGGAGGUGAUGGAGGCAGUCCCUGAACUGGAUGUGCUGGGAGGGUCAGUACAAGGGAACCAGUUUUACUUCUCUCUCCACUAUGAGGAAGGACAGGAAAUGGAUGGUGGCUGCCUGUACCGGACGUCCAACAGGAAAUUCCACUCACUUCCUGGUUACCCACAGUGCUUUCUGGUCAGCGGGGUGGUCAACUUCUUCCUGGCUCGCACAGAUGCCGUGCAGAGGGUGGGAUUUGACCCUAAGCUCCAGAGGGUAGCGCACUCAGAAUUCUUCAUGGACGGCCUGGGAUCCUUGCUGGUUGCCAGCUGUGACCACGUGUCCAUUGGCCAUCAGUCCAGGACAGCCGAUGACGAGAGUGAGACUCGCUACAGACAGUUCAGAAAACCUGCAAAGAGUGACCAGGAGUUCAAACUGCAGCUUCACUUCUUCAAAAACCACCUAAAGUGUGUCAAAUAUGGAUAGAAGACAACUGGAGGACACUGACGUCACUGGUUGUCAUUACAUGAUGGUGUCGCCAUGUUUUCCUGCAUUGAUUCAAAUUCAUUUUAUAUUGAUCUUCCUUUUUGCCAUAAUUGUUUGGUCAUUGUUAGUUUUAUUCAUAACCUGUAAAGAACGUUAUAAUCUUAGAAGGUCUUGUAAUAAUAAUA